AUAGAUGAGGAUGCUCCGAAUAUUUUUUACGUACAAAGGGAAGGGAGAGCCCCUCAUUCACGUGGGUUUUAUUAUUGAUUUAAUGCAAUAUAAUUAAAUAAUAAAUAAAAACAAUCCCCGCUACAGCUUUAUCAUAAAAAUAAAUAAAUAAAUAAAUAAGAAAGUGCGAGAGUAGCUAAGGAGUAAGGACCAUCUGCCUCUUCAUCAUCAUCCCGCUCCUCGUUCCCCACCAGUCCCACACCACUUCCUUUUCCUUCUUUAUAAACCUGUCAUUUUCCACUCUCCUUCCAAAUCCAUACUGGUUUCUCUCCCCCCAAAUGACCCACGCUAAGCAACUCUUCGCCGGAAUGCCAUUUCCUGGCAAACCCAGUACUUCUACUUCCACUUCCACUACAACCCCAAAGGUCAGAAGUAAGAAACUCCUCUUAAUCAUCGUCUCAUCCCUCCUACUGGUCGCCGCCGUCAUCGGCAUCGUCGCCGGAGUGAGAUCCCACGGCCACAAUGGCUCCUCAUCACUCGAAUCAGUGUCCCCGACAGCUCACGCCAUCCUCAAAUCCUCCUGCGCCUCCACCCGCUACCCCGACUUAUGCUACUCCGCCGUCGCCAAAGUCCCCAGCGCCGCCGCCAUGCUCACCUCCAAAAAGGACGUCAUCGAGAUGUCCCUCAACCUCACCACCAAAGCCGUCCGAAAAAACUACUCCGGCAUUAAGGCCAUCAUCGCCACCUUCAAGCACCUGACGAAGCGCGAGAAGACUGCCCUCCACGACUGCCUGGAGACCCUCGACGAAACCCUCGACGAGCUCCGGAAGGCGGCUGAGGACCUCAGCGAUUACCCCAACGGAAAAUCGCUCUCCCAUCACGCCAACGACCUGAAGACGCUCCUGAGCGCCGCCAUGACGAACCAGGACACAUGCAUUGACGGCUUCUCGCACGAGGACGCCGACAAGGGGGUCCGGCUGAAGCUGCUGGACGGACAGGUGCACGUGGAGCACAUGUGCGGCAACGCGCUCGCCAUGAUCAAGAACAUGACGGACCUGGACAUGAUGGCUGAGGAGAAGCAGCGCGCGGCGAGCGGGCGGCGGACGAGGGAGGUGCAGGCGGCUGAAGGGGGGUGGCCGGAGUGGCUGUCGGCGGGAGACAGGAGGCUGCUGCAGUCGCCGACGGUUACGCCGAACGUGGUGGUUGCCGCGGACGGGAGCGGGAAUUUCAAGACGGUGGCGGAAGCUGUGGCGGCGGCGCCGGAGAAGAGCAGCACGAGGUACGUGAUAAAAAUAAAGGCGGGGGUGUACAGGGAGAACGUGGAGGUGCCGAAGAAGAAGACGAAUAUAAUGUUCAUGGGCGAGGGAAGGAAGAACACCAUCAUCACCGCCAGUAGGAGCGUCCGCGGCGGCAGCACCACCUUCCAUUCUGCGACCGUCGCUGCGGUGGGCGAACGGUUUUUGGCCCGAGACAUAACCUUCGAAAACACAGCCGGGGCAUCGAACCACCAGGCCGUGGCUCUACGGGUCGGGUCGGACUUCUCCGCCUUCUACCAAUGCGACAUGCUCGCCUACCAGGACACCCUCUACGUCCACUCCAACCGCCAGUUCUACAUUAACUGCCUCAUCGCCGGCACCGUCGACUUCAUCUUCGGCAACGCGGCGGCGGUGCUCCAGGACUGCGACAUUCACGCCCGCCGACCGGACCCCGGCCAAAAGAACAUGCUGACGGCGCAGGGUCGGACCGACCCGAACCAGAACACGGGCAUCGUGAUCCAGAAGUGCCGGAUCGGGUCUACCUCGGACCUCCGACCCGUGCAGAGCAGCUUCCCCACGUACCUGGGACGGCCGUGGAAAGAGUACUCGCGGACGGUGGUGAUGCAGAGCUCCAUCACCGACGUGAUCCACCCGGCGGGAUGGCAUGAGUGGGACGGCCCCUUCGCGCUGGACACUUUGUACUACGGGGAGCACCAGAACACGGGCUCGGGGGCGGCGACCGGCGGCAGGGUUAACUGGAAGGGAUACAGGGUGAUUACGAGCGCGACGGAGGCGCAGAUGUUCACCGCUGGGAACUUUAUUGGCGGCGGCGGGUGGUUGCGGGACACUGGUUUUCCGUUCUCUCUUGGGCUGUAGAAUUAAUGGACGUGCGCGCGAUGGUGGGUGUAAUUUUUUCUUUUUUUUUCAGGUUUUAUUUUCAGGAGAAUUAAUGAUUCGUCUUAGUGGAAAUUAAAUGUGCGGCCUUUGUGCUCUGAUACCAAUUUCUGCAAUAAGUGUCAAUGAAAGAGCAGCUCCUACCUCUUCACUACGCGAA